GUAAAAUGGCGACGGGUGCCAUUUCCACGGAGUGUAAGAAAAUAUCCGAAUUAAGAGUUGUUGAUCUUAAAUCCGAGCUCAAACGACGGAAUUUAGACACAACUGGUGUAAAGAGCGUCCUUCUGUCAAGACUGAGACAGGCUCUUGAGGAUGAAGGUGGGGACCCGGAAAUCAUUCAGAUCCAGCCUCCAGCUGACUCAUUGCCUCGUAAAGGUGGAAAAGCAAAAGCGAGAAAAGGGGAUUCAGACCUGGACACCACAGGGGAUGAAGAUGUAUUGUCCAAGGAAGCUGAAGAGGAUGAAUCAGAAAAGGAUGUAACUGAUACAGAUGAUGGUACUCGUGAAAAUUCUAAGCCAGCACCAUGUGAAGACGGCCUCGCUCAGCCUGAGGCUGAGGCCGAGGCUGAACGAGAGUCAGAGGCUGUGGUGGCUGAGGCUGACUCAGAGCCUGAGCCAGAUGUCGAUGCUGAGGCUGAGCCAGAGGUGGAUGAGGAGGCUGAGCCAGAGGUUGAUGAGGAUGCUGACCCAGAGAUGGAUGGGGAGGCUGAGCCAGAGAUGGAGACUGACGAUCUGGCUGAGAUGGAUGCAGAAGCCAUUGGUUCCUCCAAAGAAGCUGAGGAUGAUCACCUGUCUGUCUCAAUCCCAAAUGAAGAUGCCAUCACCCUAGAUGUCGAUGGCGACGAUCUCCUGGAAACAGGUAAACAUGUGAAACUUCCAGAUACAGAGGCCGAGAAGGGCACUGAUGAGCCAGAGGCCUCUGCUGAGAUGGGCCCAGAUGAUGACAUGAAGGUGGAAGAGACGGAGGGUAAGAACGAUGAUGGAUCCAGGGGUGAGGCCGCGAAGAAAGAUGGCAGAGAGGCCUUGAAGAAAGCUGAAACGGGAGAUAAAGAAAAGGAUUCUGGGAAGAAAGGCCCCUGCACUACUGGGGCGUCAGGUCAAGCAAAGAGCUCUUCAAGAGACAGAGAUGGAAAAGCUGCAAAAGACGACAAGGGAGUUGUUAGCAGCAGUAGCAGCAACAGCAGCUCUUCUCGUAACAUUUGGGUAAGCGGCCUGUCUUCAAACACCAAAGCAGCUGAUCUGAAGAACCUGUUUGGCAAAUAUGGGAAGGUUUUGAGCGCCAAGGUGGUUACAAAUGCUCGCAGCCCUGGUUCCAAGUGUUAUGGCUUGGUGACAAUGUCCUCCAGUAAUGAGGUGACACGGUGCGUCUCCCACCUCGACUGUACAGAGCUUCACGGACAGCAGAUAUAUGUUGAAAGGGCCAAAAAUGAUCCAUUUAAAAAGGACAGCUCAAAGAAGGAAGCAGAGGACAAAGCAAGUUCAAGCAAAUCAAGUGACAAGCGCAUUUCCACAGGAGCAAAGUUGACUAACAAAACACCGCCAUCUUACAAAAAAGAAGACAAGAAAUUGGAUAAACUUUCAGAAAAGGACAAAGAUUUAGCCAAGAAACAGGAUCCCAAAGGUGGAAAAUCUGAGUCUGUUUCAUCCAACUCUGGAAAUGAUUCUUCGAAGAAAGAUGACAGAAAGCAUGGGCGACCAAAGAGCCCAGGCAAGAUGGUGCCAAUAUAUCAUAACAAAGGAGACUCUAAUUUUGGCAAAAUGAGACCUUUCAGGAGGGGGGGGAGAUACUUUGAUAGACCAUUUGUCAACAUGAACGUUCAGAGGCGGCCAAAAUGGUUGAUUCCUCCUGAAGAGUUGGAGAUGAUGAAAGACAAACCGCGUCCUUUUAUGAACAAGGGGGAAGACAUCCUGCCAUUUGAGAAGAUGAAGGAGCAGAGGAUGCGUGAACGCAUGGCUCGUGUGGAUCGUGUCCGUAGAGCUGUAGAGUUGCGCAGGCGUCGUGAAAUUGCUGAACGAGAUCGUCGGGAACGCGAGCGUGUCCGUCUCUUGCGUGAGCGAGAAGAACGGGAGAACCUGCUCCGGGAGCGCCAGAGACUGGAGAUGGAGAGACAAAAACUGGAAAGGGAGCGCCUGGAGAGGGAGAGGCUUGAGAGAGAGAGAGUCCGUAUUGAGCAGGAACGGCGUAAAGAGGCAGAGCGCAUGGCACGUGAACGUGAGGAGCUGCGGAGGCAGCAAGAGCAGCUCCGAUAUGAGCAAGAAAAAAGAAACAAUCUCAAGAGAGGCCGUGAAGUAGAACAUGGUCGCAGAGACGACUCCUAUUGGAAUGGGAACAAGAAGAUGCAGUCUGAGUCUGAUGUCCGUUUGAACCAAGGCUCAAACUUCAACCGGCAGCAGAACCGCUUUUCGAACUUCAAUCCCAGAGAGAGAGGUCGAUUUCCAGAGGCUGCUGCCGAGCAACCAAACACGUAUGACAGACGUAACCGGUUUGAUGGUGAGCCAGAGGCGAAGAAAAGUCGCCCUGCUCCUCACAGAGAGAGCUCUGGCUUUGAGCGUUACCCCAAGAACUUUGAAACAGUCCGCAGAGCUGAGCCACCUCCUCCUGCCCGCACCGAACUCCGCGACACAGACCGCAGAGACAGAGAUGAGAGGCGGCCUGUGCCCAUUCAUGAUCGCCCCAUGGGAGCCAGAGCUACAAUGCCGAGCAUGUCGCACAACCGUUCACCCAGGGAUGGAGGGCAUGGAUGGAAGAACGAUGGCGGCAUGAACUCCAACAAGGGAGACUUGAGAGGACCUAUGCGCAUGCGCACAGAGCGACCAGGCAGAGACGGCCCAGGCCCUUCACUCAGAGGAGGCUCCUCAAGCAGCCGUGGACGAAGCAGCUUUAACGAGCGAGACUCAAGACCCAUGGUGAUGAGCAACCAGCCGUUCUCCUCUGGCCGACAAGUUGUGGUGGAACGUCACAACCGGGAGCAGGGAAUGAGGAAGGAGUGGCACGGUGGAUCAAGCUCCCAGGAACGGGGCUUCCCUGAUAAUCGCAGAUUGGGAGACAGCCGGGGCAGCAUGAUGGCUCCUUCAAGUCACUCUUCAUCUGGACUGAACCGAAUUGUACAGAUCACCAGCAGCUCCAUUCCCAGCGGUAGCAAUGUGGGCGGGUUCAAGCCCUACAAAGGAACGCCGCGGCAGUUUUAA